AGAGAGCGAGACACUGAAGAGAAAGGGGGACAUACAUGCACAUUGACCGAAUAGACGGUGCAGUCUCUGUAGUUUAGAUACAUGUCUGAAUGGUGCAGGCUCUAGCUCACUGUCAUGGCUGGGGUCGGGCAUGUUGGAAUCUGCUUGCUACUUGUCCUUGGACUUGCACUGAUUCUUAGUGUUGAUGCAAAAGAAUCAAAUCGUAGGAAGAAGCUCAAGAGACAAAAAAGAGAAUGGAUACUGCCUCCUUCCAGACUCACGGAGAAUGUAGACUACACACAGAAAGAGUACAUCGCCAAGAUCCGCUCUGAUAUGGACAGAAAUGCCAAGGUGCUGUAUUCUCUGAAGGGGGAGGGGGCUGACAGACCCCCAUUUAAUCUCUUCAUUGUCAAUCCAGAGAACGGCUUUGUCCGCAUCAGAGGCACUGACCGGGAGAAAUGCCCUGUGUACAACUUGACCGGAGUGGCCAAGUACAUGAAUGGGACAAUGGCGGAAGCAGACAUUCCUCUACAGAUUCAUGUCUUCGAUGUGAACGAUAACCCGCCUUAUUUUGACUUGCACACUGGGUCCAUCAAAGAGUCCAGUGAAGCAGGCACAGAAAUCAUGCAGAUCAUUGGGAAAGAUGACGAUCAGGAGGGAACCAUCAACUCUAAGAUCCAUUACAAGAUCAUCAGCCAGGAACCAGCAGGGUCUGGAAGCAUGUUCACCAUUGAUGCAAACACAGGGAAACUCUACACCAAGGAUAAAUCGCUGACAGUCAUCCAGAUAUUCUGGGUGGACCUUUCAGAUAGACAGACAUAUCUAGUUUACCACAGACAAUCUCAAUCUAAAGAGCUAAAGUAUUUGACCACUGAUAUAAAUUAUCAAUUGGUGAAUGUGCCUUUGCUCCCUCUCUUUCAGACUGUUGAUUCGUAUACUCUAAUCGUCCAGGGGACCGAUUUGGACGGGGCAGCUGGUGGCCUAUCAGGAACAGGGACCGUACAAGUAAAGGUCCUGGACAUCAAUGACAAUGUCCCAACACUGGAGAAGGAGCAGUAUGCAGGAAAUGUUGAUGAGAACACUGUUGAUGUCGUAGUGAUGAGGAUCAAAGCAGAAGACAAAGACCUGGAACACACUGAUAACUGGCUGGCCGUCUUUCACAUCACCAAAGGCAAUGAGGACGGACUCUUCUCCAUUGAGACAGACCCAGCCACCAACGAGGGCAUUCUGAAGCUAAUUAAGGCAGUAGAUUUUGAGGAAGUCCAGAAACUGGAGCUUGGACUGCUCAUUGAGAACGUAGCUCCAUUUGUAGCUGGGAACGCUGUUGGGAUGGAUGUGGAGGUUUAUGCAGGGGAAGGGGGAGGGCCGGGAACUGGAGCAGGGGCUGGAGCAGGGGCUGGAGCCGGAGCGGGGGCGGGAGCGGGGGCCGGAGCGGGGGCGGGAGCGGGGGCGGGAGCGGGGGCCGGAGCCGGAGCAGGGGCCGGGGCAGAGGCCGGGGCUGAGGCUGGUGUAGAUGUAGGGGUGGACGUGGGAGUUGAUGUGGGGGUGGACACAGAUGCUGGAGCAGGGCCUGAAGUUGGAGGAGGGGCUGGGCUUAAGCCUGGUCCCAAUGUGAAGCCGAAACCAAAGCCAGAUCCUACAGGUGGAAAGAGCUACCCAGUUUCAAUCGCAGUUAACAACUUGCCAGAAGGUCCGGCAUUCAAGCCUAAAAUCAAACCUGUGCCUGUCUCUGAGGAUCCCAAAGAGAUGCCAAAGGAUGGCGUGAUUGCCACAUAUACUGCCACGGACAAAGAUACAGGGAAACCAGCUGAGGAUGUAAGGUAUGCCAAAGUCUAUGACCCAGACAACUGGGUGACCAUAGAUGAGAAGACAGCUGAAAUCAAACUUACCAAGACGCCAGAUCGAGAGUCUAAGUUCCUGGUGAAUGGGACAUACUUUGCCAAGAUACUCUGCAUGACCCAAGACAUGCCCUCUAAGACAGCCACAGGCACAAUAGCCAUCCAGGUGAAGGACUCCAAUGACAACUGCCCCGCUCUGACCUCAAACCAUGAGAGUUUGUGCUCCGAUGAACGCAAAGUUUCCGUCACAGCAUUCGAUGAAGAUGCUUGGCCCAAUGGUCCUCCAUUCAAUUUCACUGUGGUGGCCAAGGGUACAACUGGAGACUGGGAGGUAGAACAUGUCAAUGAUAAAACAGUCGUCCUGCGUUCUACAAAAAUGUUGUGGCCAGGUGUGUAUGACAUAAUGGUAGCAGUAGCAGACAAGCAGGGCCUGUCCUGCCCGGAGCCAGAGCUGAUCACGGUGGAGGUGUGUACCUGCGCGGAGGGGGAGGAGUGCAGCCCCAGGUCUGUCAGUAUGCUCCAGAAAAGCCCCUCCACCAACAUCGGCACCCCCGCCAUUGGACUGCUCAUCUUAGCUAGCUGCGUGCUGUUACUGGUUCCUCUGAUGCUGCUGUUAUGCCAGUGUAGAGGUGAUAUGGGGGGAGGAGCGUUCUCUGACCAGUUCACUGACCUGCCGUUUGACACCAAGGAACACCUCAUUUCAUACCACACAGAGGGCAAAGGGGAAGACAAGGAAGUGCCGCUCCUAAGUUUUCCUGCAGCCGCUAACGUUGUGACACAGUUGUCACGUAAUACCAGCAACUCUCUGCGUCAGACCAGUGGUGUCUUCAGGGAGGAGAUGCACACACUGAGCCAGGAACAGAGACUCGGACAUAUGAACCUGGAAAUGGACUGUAGCUAUGGACUCCAGAGUGUUGGAGGCUAUGGGGCUAGUAUGGGACUGGGCAGUGGCACCAUGCGUUCCAGAUAUGGGACACACAGCUCACGUGUCGAUGAAGACCUUUAUGACAUAGCACUCCCAGAUGAUGUUUUGGAAAAGUACUACUCAGAGAGGGCAGCAUCUCAGUACCCUCCACUACAUGAUGGUCUGUUGGUAUACGACUACGAGGGCCAGGGUUCUCCUGCGGGCUCGUUGGGCUGCGGCAGCCUCCUGGGUGACGACGGCGACCUCCAGUUCCUCAACGACCUGGGGCCGAAGUUCAAGACCCUGGCUGGCAUCUGCACUCCAAAACCUCCACCAGAAGCCAGAGUGAAGCAGGUUGUCGAACUCGUCACUCAGCCAAAGCUCCCUGAAAUUGAAAGAGAAAGCGUGGUCACUUCUAGCCACAUUAAUGUCACCAAAUCCUCUGUUAGCGACACCACCAUCAACCAAUCAUCUGCCGGCGUCAGCAAAGUUUUCCAACAACUGCCUGCUACCAGUCCGCCUAACAGGAUAGUUACUCACUUCUCCAACGUUAGUCAGUCACCCCCCCCCACCCAGACCAUCCUUCUGCAGCAGCAGCCAAUGUUCUACAGCACCAUACAGCCCAUGAUGCAGCCUGUGAUGCAGCCCAUUCAGUAUGUAGUGUCUGAUGGCAGCUCCACCAAUAACCUACAGCACUUGGUAGUGGUCAACAGGCCCCUUGGGUCCGGAAGCUUGGGUGGCCUGGUCAUCCAAGACAACAGGGUCAUAUCAGAGACCUCCACCAGCCCAGUUAGUCCUGGUAGCCCAACCAGCCCCACCAUUCUGGGGACAGGGAGCCCUGGCAGUCCUGGGUGGAUCCAAGGCUCCUUACCCAUGGCGAGUUUUGGUGGUGUGCCUGUCGCUGGGCAAGGCCCUAAUGGUAACUACGUCUACGUGGAGAGGCAGGUCAAUGUUCUAGGUGAUCCGCAGCGGGUAGGAGUCCCAGGUGUACCUUCUCAGGGCAGUUUGCCCAGGGGUGCAUUCCUGGUUAGGGAGGCUGCUCCCCCUCAGGGGGUUGUAGGUUCGGCAGCCUGGGGCAUGGGUGGGGUUGAUGGGGGGCUAUAUGGUGUUCUGCCUGGACAAACCUUUACAGAGGUCAGGCAGAAUGGGGUUGGUCCAGCUGAGGCCAGAAUAAUUGGAUUUGGACCUGGUGGAGUUAGGGUUGGGAAUGUUGGGGCUGGGUCGUUUGGAAUGGGUCCAGGGGGGGAAGGGCAGAUAUUUAUGGGAUCACAAGGAAUCCCAAUGUGGGUGCCACAGAGCCCACCAGGGUAUGUCACAGGUCACUUGAUGCAUGAGGGGGCGGGGCCAAUAGCUGAAUCUGUUGAGUCAAUGGCAGUGGCAGAUGUUGAGAGUAAAGUUCUGUUUGAGGGCCAUAGUGAACCUGGUGACUCUUUAGAGGAGGAGGAAGAGGAGGAAGAGGAGGAAGAGGAGGAGGAGGAAGAGGAGGAGGAAGAGGAGGAGGAGGAGGAAAGAAGAGAUUAUAGAUCUACUUGA